GCAAUGAUGUCUAUUGAAACUUAAAAAUUUUUGAACGCACCCAAAAAUUAAUCCACACUGAACGUAAAUAAUUCUUUAUUGUAAACACAGGAAGAUAAAUUUUUAUUUUACACAAUUGAAUUUUUUUGACAUUUUUGAGCAAAUGAUUGUUUAAAAAUGAAUGAAACAAGUGAAGAUUUUGGUGACUUAUGUCUGAUAUGCAAUGAAUAUAUGGGACAGUUUAGAAAUCUUUUGACAAUGGAGUCUGCAUUCUCCAGGAGACCGAUUUUGCAAUUAUUUGAGUCAUUUAUCAGUAUAUCCCUCCCAGAAACAACAGUAAAAGAUAGAAAAAUUUGUCAAAAUUGCUUCAUAAAAUUCAAUGAACUUGAUGAACAUCAAACAAUUGUCGACAAGAUCCAAAAUGAUAUCUUAAUGAUCUACAAUAAUACUUUAUCAACAUCCCUUGACAUCAAACAUGACAUAAAGAUAGAAAACUAUGAUAUAGCAGCCGUAGAUGUGCAUGAAAAUUUCCAUUUUUUUGACAGUGAACCUGAGUAUUAUUCUGAGCAGAAAAGCCAUCGUAAGCAGAGGGAUGAAGAUGGUUUCAUUGUUAGAAAACGGAAGCGAUCAAAGCCACUGAAGAAAGAUGAUGAAGACUUUGCAAAAGGAUAUACAGUGAUGGAGAUUGAGGGUGAAAAGUGGUACAAAUGUGAUGUAUGCCAUAAAGUUCUUCAAAGAAGAAUUAAAAAUCAUCGAGAAAUUCACACGUCCGAAAGGAAUAUCAAAUGUGAAGUGUGUGGUUCAAUGUUUAAAACAUUAGCUUGUCUAUACACACACAGGAAGAUUCAUAAGGAGAGAAAGUAUCACCAGUGUGACAUGUGUGGAAUGAGGUAUCUUCAAAAGAUUCAACUAAGAAAGCACAUCGACGCAAUCCAUUUAAAACGAAAAGAUCACAUCUGUGCUACUUGCGGAAAGUGUUAUUCACGUGAAUCAACUUUGCAGGUGCACAUGCUUAGUCAUAAAGCAGAAAAGGAUGUCGUUUGUACAGUUUGUGGUUUCCGAACGCACACAAAAUCAAAAAUGUCAAGACACAUGAAAUCACACACAGGAGAGCGAAACUAUGCUUGUGAGCUCUGUGGAAAGAGAUUUGUUUACAGCUACAAUGUAAUCGCACAUGUUAAUUAUGUCCAUAAAGGAAUCAGACCUAAAAUUGAUGACGCAAAGCUAACUUGUAAAUUUUGCAAUAAAAAAUUCUUGAAAGUUAAGAAAGUUAAGGAGCAUUUAGCAGAGGUUCAUAAUGUUGUUGAGCAAGAAGCAAUGCCGGUAUGGGUGGUGAAUCAGAAUAUUGAUUAGAUUGGAUUGUGUAAUAUGGUUUGGUAGGCAGAUUGAUGUUGUUUAAUAGUGGAUUCUUUUAAGUUGAGCACAUCCGGAAAUUUUUUGAGGUGAGCUUUAACUUCUUUGUGUGAAGCAUGACUUUAACACAUAAAUUGACUAUUACUAAAGUUUUAGAACUUUAGAAAAAUCAAAAUUAUUUUUAAAAAUAAACAAUUAAGGAUAAAAUGUAAGAAUAUUAAUUUAAAUAAAAU